GCGGGCUGGGGGCAGCGCAGGGCUGGGCGGCCCGGGGCGCGGCCGAGUCCCCUCCCGCGGCACGCCCCGACAGCUCUCCGCCUCUCCGGCCGCCGCGUCACGGCUGGCCGUCCUAGGAGCACCUGCCCCGGCUCCAGCGGUCCGGGCGUCCGCCGCAGCCACUUCCUCCCGCCGCUGCUCUGGCCCGCGACCGAGGCGCUCUGGGAGCCCGCAUGGAGAGCACGGCCUCUUGCUGGAUGCGCUCCGUUCUUUUCUUCCACUUUUCUCUUCUUCUGGGAACUGCUGUUCAAAUUAAAACCAGCAGCAGUUAUUCCAGUCUGUAUGAGAAGACCUUCCUGCCUUGCAGAAAAGAAGAACUUCAGUGCGGGAAUGGCUUCUGCUUGAUGAAUUGGCUUCUUUGCCAUUACAGGAAGGGCUGUGGCAAAGAGUAUGUCUCCAUCACAGUGACAUGUUCAGAAAUCCACCUGAACCAUAGCAACUUCAUCAGCAAGAUUACUCACUACACAGAAACCAGCAGAGGCACUAUUAUGCUGGAUUCCUCAGUGCUUGUGGCCGGGGUAGUCAUUGGAGUGGUCCUGUUUCUGUCCUGUGUGGCCAUCCUGAUUGGUAGCCUGCGAAAAAAUCAGUGCUUUCGACACCUUCAGCUGUGGAGGGAUGCCAGCUACACUCCAGACUGUUUCUCCUAUGGUGGUUCAGUAGGAGAGCUAAGAUCCAGCUGCACUGAAGAAUUCCAACCAACAUUUUAUUUCAGCUCUUACAUGGAGGCACUCUCCCAGGCCAAUAUCACACACCCUGACUCGCCACCACGAUACGAUGAGUGUGUUGGGCCUGGAGCAGCACAAAUCUAUCUCCCCACAGAGGACCCUCCACCUUAUUCUCUGAUUGACCCUUGUCAGCAGAAUGAUGUGGCUAUAAACAAUCCCUCAGAAGAAAGGGGAUUCAUCAGAACAACAACGAGAAGGGAUCCUGAGGACUUGGGUAGGGUACAGGACCUGCAUCAGCCUUCUAUCUCCUUUCCAUCAUCAUUCCCAACAGACACUGCCCCUCCAUACGAGGUUGUUGCGUGUGAACAGAACAUUCCUCUGCCCCAAAUCCCACCGGCUCUACUGAAAGACUUGGAAGACCACCAUCAGACACUUUUCAACAGAAUAAUGUGAACCAAUUACCCCAGGGAGACAUCGGAGGGAAAUGUUCAAGCCGAGGCAGGGUGAUCGCCUGGAAAGAUGAAUUGGUCACCCACACACCUACAUACUUGCAACAAAACUUUUCUCUUUUUCUACUUGGAACAGGGCUAGGCUGUGUUGUUUUUGGAGAUACAGGUUUUGUUUUGUUAGAAGAACAUCUUUUGAAAGUUUGCCUGUCUAUGUCUUUUGCACUGUAUCCUCCCCCACCCUGAACAUUUAAACAG